AUUCUUACAUGACUUUUGAUUACAUCAUAGAUCCCUUUUUCUAUGGUUGAACUAGUGUGUUCUAUACUUUUAGAACUUAAAGUGAGAGAUAUAUUUAAUAUUUGUCGAAAGCGCGAGAAAGAGAGUUCUAGAGCAAUUUAGUGCAGGAACAGAAAAGAGACCACAUAACACUGCAUUACUUACAUUCUCGUAGGCAUAUCGAGUUGUGACUUUAUAUAUAGCCAAGUGUUUGAUAAUUCACGUCAGUUCACGUCCGACUAUUCUGUGUGGUGUAAACGUGGCAGCAAAGGUGUAUCAGCAGUAUGGAUGCAUUUUUUUCUGUACUGUUAAUGCUCGUACAUCUUUUAUAUAAGUGGUACGAUGCGAUCUGCGAUGCAUUGUAUCGGAGAUGCACGAAGCCCUGGUGCGCGAGCACGACGGCGGAGCUCGACACGUUGGCCCGCACGUUUAAUAGUACGAACAAAAUACCCAGGCACCUGGUGAUCAUAUUCGGACGUCUCGGACAAUGUGACAAGUCUAUUCGGAACUGUGUGCGUAUAAUUGGAUGGUGCAUUUCACUUGAUAUACCUUACAUCAGCUUCUUUGAUUGUAAUGGUUUCUUGAAGAAAAAUGAAUUUAUUCUUAAAGAAGAAAUCGCGAGAAAACGACCUGAUCUAAUAGAGUGUAUUACUUGGAAUCCACAUGCAAAGGCACAAAAUGGAGUAAUUGAAAGUAAGUCAAAAAUAAAUGUAUCAUUACUAUCGGAUAUAGAUAGUAAAGGAAAAAUAGCAACAUUGGCGCAGUCAUUAGCAAAAAUUGUGUCUUCGGGGAAUCUUGAUCGGGAAAAAAUUACGAUUGAACUAAUCACCGAAGAAUUACAAAUAAAAGGGAUGCCUGAUCCCGAUCUUGCUUUAAUAUAUGAUUACUAUUGUUCCACGCAUGGUGUACUACCAUGGCACACAAGAACGACAGAAUUUUUAAUGCUGCCGAUGUACAUUAAUAUCCCAGUGAAAAAUUUCAUGUGUCUGUUGGAGAAGUAUAACAAAUGUGUACAACGGCAUGGUAAAUGACAUGUAAUUAUCCUUAUUUAUACAAGAGAUAUCGCGUUGCAGUAAGAAGAAAUAAAUUAUCAUAAAAAUUGAA